ACAUUUCCAAAAUAUUUGCAACGAUUCUGAUUGGCCAAAAAUCCCUUAUAUUUUCUCCUUUAUUCCUAGUCAACCUGCUACCUCACUCCACGGUCCACCCAACCCCUCUGUCGAACCAACGACUUCACUGCAUCUCGACCAGCGACGAUGAAAUUGCUGGGGGAGAUGAGAUCAGAGAGACUGACAUUAAUUCUUGUAAAUCUUGCCGGAAUAAUGGAAAGGGCAGACGAAUCUUUGCUCCCCGGGGUGUAUAACGAAGUCGGGGCGGCUUUGCACACCGACCCGACUGGGCUCGGAUCCUUGACUCUGUUUAGAUCCAUAGUUCAGUCAUCUUGCUACCCACUGGCGGCGUACCUCUCCGUCCGCCACAAUCGGACCCACGUAAUCGCCCUCGGUGCCUUCCUCUGGGCAGCGGCCACCUUCCUGGUGGCCAUUUCCUCCACCUUCGUCGAGGUUGCAAUUUCGAGAGGCUUAAAUGGAAUUGGACUCGCAAUAGUUACACCAGCAAUUCAGUCUCUUGUUGCCGACUCAACUGAUGGCAGUAAUCGAGGCACGGCUUUUGGGUGGCUACAAUUGACUGGAAACUUUGGUUCCAUUAUUGGUGGACUUUCUUCAAUUCUUGUAGCAUCUAAGUCAUUCAUGGGCAUUCCUGGUUGGAGAAUAGCCUUCCACUUAGUUGGACUAUUGAGUGUUGUUAUUGGUAUACUAGUUGGCCUUUUUGCCAACGACCCCCGCUUUUUCGACAGUGAUGGUAAUGCAAAAGAUCAAGGUCCACAAAAACCUUUCCGUUCGGAAGUGAAGGACCUGAUAAAAGAAGCAAAAGCCGUUAUAAAAGUACCAUCUUUUCAAAUACUAGUUGCUCAAGGUGUCUCGGGAUCAUUCCCUUGGUCGGCUCUGUCAUUUGCCCCAAUGUGGUUGGAGCUUAUGGGAUUCUCUCACAAGACAACAGGAAUCAUCUGGACUCUGUUUAAUGUUGCGGGCUCACUCGGAGGAUUGUUUGGAGGAAAGAUGGGGGAUAUCCUUGCCAAACGCUUGCCAGAUUCAGGGAGAAUUAUUCUUUCGCAGAUAAGCUCUGGCUCUGCAAUUCCUUUAGCAGCGAUUUUGAUGCUGGGAUUGCCUGAUGAUCCUAAAAUGGGAGUAAUGCAUGGCUUGGUUUUCUUUAUCAUGGGACUGUUCAUCUCUUGGAAUGCUCCAGCUACUAACAAUCCUAUAUUUGCAGAAAUAGUUCCUGAGAGAGCUCGAACAAGCAUCUAUGCUUUGGAUAGGUCUUUUGAGUCCAUUUUAUCAUCAUUUGCCCCUCCCGUUGUUGGAAUUUUAGCUCAACAUGUUUAUGGCUAUAAACCAAUUCCAAAGGGAUCAAUAGACUCGAAAAAGAUUGAAACGGAUAGAAGCAAUGCAGGAUCACUCGGAAAGGCACUUUACACUGCAAUAGGUAUUCCAAUGGCUAUAUGCUGUUUCUUCUACUCCUUUCUCUAUUGUACGUAUCCGAGGGACAGGGAUCGUGCAAGAAUGGAUGCUUUAAUUGAAUCGGAAAUGCUGCACAUAGAAACUGACCAUUCUGUAUCAGUUGAAGAAUUGGGAUCAGAUCAAAUGCAUGGAAAGGAGAGAAGUGUAAUUGGUAUAGACUAUGAAGGAGAUGGAAGCGUGGAUUAUAAUGAGAAUGAUGAACAGAGGCUGCUGUCCCGGGAAAUGACAUUCUCGGACAUGGCAAAAUUGUAGCCCUGGUUAGAUAUAUCUGUUUUGUGCAAAUUAAAUUCCACUAUUCCUGUCAAAACUGGGCAUGAAUUUGUGGGAAUCCUUCUUAUUUUCAUAGAAAUGGAAUUGAGUUACUUGUAAAUCGUGUUAAUCAACAAGUUUUUAUCACUCCUUUCAUUUAACCAUGAAUAGGCCAAAUUUGUGUCUCCAUUAUGUAGAGUAUCAUACUAUUUAUUGAUUGUUUAUAGUUCUUGCAAGAAUUUUAUUACCU